AUGGGAUGCGAAUUGCUAGUAAGAAGUAUGGGUAGGUUAUUGGCUAUGCUCCAUGAGGGUCAACAACGUGCAGAUGCUUACCUAGGAGAUUUGUCCAAGUCCAACGCCUUGGUGUCGGCCAUGCGGCAGAGGAAUAUGGCGCUCUUUAGCCGCACCCAGAUGUUCGAGUCCUUCAAGUCCAGAGCUCUCAUGAGGUACGUCAUGAACAUGGUGGAAGGUGAUCGCAUUCACGAUCUCCACCUUGAUGGUUUGAGCUUUGGCACCAGGGAGAUUAAGGAGAUGCUUGGCCUCUUCCAACGCUACGAGUGCUUUGAGCAGGUCUAUGUGCUUAGCCUUAUCGAUAACGGCCUGGACGAUGAUGCAGUGAACAUCAUCCUUCAAGUCAUCUUUCAGUUGCCCUACAUGCGAUCCUUUGACCUCCGCAGGAAUUGCUUCAGCUACGACGGGGUCAAGAGAAUAGAGGAGCAACUCAGAGACAUGGACGGCGUGACCGGGGUGAUCAAGAGCGCCGAUGGGGCUGUAAAUGUCCACAGCGGCAACCAGCUUCGAAUGACGUUGCACCUCGGGGAUCAGUUGGAGAAAUCGCAGUUGACCAAAGAUGUGGAUUUCACUGUGGAUCAAAGUCUAAGCCACGCCGAUGCGGAUCCAUUCCUGGAGACCGCGGCCUCCAGGUCGGAGCAUCCUUGGACCCAAGGAGCCUCAGCGUCACAGAGACCGCCACAGAAGGCUGUGCCGGAUGUGAGCUCCGUUCCAUUGGAAAAGCCCACAGCUGCCCCUGCGGCCCCUGCGGUUGGUGGACCACCAGUGGGGCUGGGCGGUCCUGGUAACUUAGCAGCCUUGAACAAGAAGUUGAGCAAGUCGAAGACGGGGGGCAGUUUGCCGGACCCCAAGAAGCGCGCCAAGAACCGGGCCAAGGCAGGGAGAAGCGCGGGACCAUAG